AUGUCAUCAAAGAAAGAGCUCCCAACGGACCAGCGGUUCAGCCGGGUCACCAAGGAUCCCAGAUUUUGGGAGAUGCCCGAAAAGGAGAAGAAAAUAAAAAUCGACAAGCGCUUUCAAUCGAUGUUCCACGACAAAAGGUUCAGUGUAAACUAUACGGUGGAUAAACGAGGACGGCCUAUAAACCACAAUACCAAAGACGACCUAAGGCGCUUCUAUGAUCUCUCGAGUGAUGAAGAACUUUCUGAAGAAGAAGCCGAGACCAAGAAAGGGAAACAAAAGGCUAAGCUAAAACAGAAACCCAGUGCAGAACCCAGCAAGACGUCUGGAAAAGGCCAGAAAGAAAAGAAAAAGGUUAAGGCAAGCAGUGAGCCAGGUAACAGUGCUGCCAGUAAAAUGGUCAAAGAGAAUAAGUUAUGCCAAGGAAAAAACAAGAAAAAACCUGAAUGCCUUGAGACCGAAAAGAAAACCACAACGAAGAUUGCAGCGGCCAAGAAAUCUGUUAAAGAGAUGGAACAGGAGGAAUCUGAAGAAUCAGGACUUGACGUUGAGAGUGAUGAGGACAACAAAAUUGAAAUUCAUUCUGGUGAAGAGGAUUCUGAAAUAAGUGACGUUGGCCUAAAAGAUGAGGAAGAUGAGGAGGAGAGUGAAGAUGAUGACGAGGAGGAUGAUUCACAAGGUGACGACUCUGAAGAGGAGAAAGAGGAUGAUGCUAUCUCAGGCGAGGAAGAGGAUAGUGAUAGUGGUCCAGAUUUGGCCAGAGGGAAAGGGAACAUUGAAACAAGUUCUGAAGAUGAGGAUGACGAUGAUGAUGAUGUCGAUAUGGCUGACACAGCAAAUAAGGAUACAGAAAUUGAACAUGACUGGAGAGAAAUGGAUAAAGACGCACCUCGGGGAGACCAGGUAACCAGAAGGCUGGCUGUGUGCAAUAUGGACUGGGACAGGCUGAAGGCUAAAGACCUACUUGCACUCUUUAACUCCUUUAAGCCCAAAGGAGGAAUUGUUUUCUCUGUAAAGAUUUAUCCUUCAGAGUUUGGAAAGAAAAAACUGAAGGAAGAAGAACUUCACGGACCCUCGGAAUUGAAGAAUGUUUCAGAGGACGUUGCAGAAAAUCAGGGCAUUUAUAAGGAGAAGUUACGUGAAUAUCAAUUCAAUCGACUGAAGUACUUCUAUGCCGUUGUAGACUGUGACUCCCCAGAGACGGCCAAUAAAAUCUACGCGGAUUGCGAUGGCUUGGAGUUCGAAAGUAGCUGCUCUUUUGUGGAUCUCAGGUUUAUUCCUGAUGAUGUACAAUUUGAUGAUGAGCCCAAGGACUCGGCUGUAGAUGUGGAUCUCUCUGCUUACAAACCCAAGUUAUUUACCUCUGUAGCCAAUGUAACAUCCAAGGUAGACCUGACUUGGGACGAGACUGAUCAGGAAAGGGUUACGGCUUUAAACAGACCGUUCAAUAAGAAUGAGAUGCUUGACAUGGAUUUUGAGGCAUAUUUGGCAUCUUCUAGUGAAGAAGAAGAAGAGGAACUCUCAGCAGAAAAUGUGGAGAUAGAAGAUGGGAAGUCUAAAAAAGGGCCAAAGGAUGAUGAAGACCAGAUUGCUCGUUACAGGGAGCUGCUUAAGGACAUCCAGGAAAAAGAGAAGAAGCAGGAGGACAAGGAUGUGGAAAUGGAAGUUAAAUGGGUCCCAGGCCUCAAGGAAAGUGCUGAACAGAUGGUUAAAAACAAACUAGAGGGCACUGAUCAGCUAACGCCAUGGGAAAAAUACUUGCAGAAACAGAAAGAGAAAAGGAAAAUAAAGAAGAGGAAAAAGGGGAGCAUAGAAGAAAAAGAAGAAGAUGAUGAUGAUGAUGAGAAAGAAGAUGAGAUACCAUCUGAUGUUGAUUUCAGUGAUCCUUUCUUUUCUGAGGAAUUGAACAAACCAGGUAUGAAGAAGAAAUUUACAGCUGGAAAGAAUGAACAGGCAUCUUCUGAUGAUGAGGAAGAAAAAGAAAAGCGGAAAGCAGAGAUGGCACUACUCAUGAUGGACGAUGUAGAAGAUGAUCGGAAGCAUUUCAACUAUGAUAAGAUUGUGGAGCAGCAGAAUCUGAGCCGCAGCAAGAAGAAAAGGCUGAAGAAGAAGGAAGACUUGGUAGAAGACAACUUCCAGAUCAAUGUUGACGAUUCAAGAUUCAACGCCAUGUACACCUCUCAUCUAUACAACUUGGAUCCUUCAGAUUCCAACUUCAAGAAGACAAAAGCAACGGAAAGAGUUUUGGAAGAAAAAGCUAGAAGAAGAGAGCAAGAGCAGAAAGACCACACGGAGACAGUAAAGACACAAUGGACAGGACAGAAAACGGGAACAUCUGCUGCGAAAAAGGACCCAUCCCUUUCCUUACUGCUGAAGUCUGUCAAGAGCAAAACCCAGCAAUUCCAGGCUUCAAAAAAGCAAAAAACAAAAUAGCUGUGCAAUAUACAUAACACUCAGCGUCUGCAAACAGCGUGGGGCUGCAGAUUAGACUGACAGUCCAAACAGGCCUCCCUGUGUAUAUAGCAGCACAUAAAUAAAUCUUUUUUUAUUAAAGAGAGUAUUACAGCGAUAACGGAAGAGCCACCUCAGAGAUUUGCAGUGGGUUGCAUAUGGAAUGCCAACACAAAAUAUGUUCAACCUGCUUAAUUAUGCAGUUGUUUAUGUAAAUGAUAUGCAUCUGAGGUACAAAUGCAACUGUAUAUUUUUCAUAAUCGCUAAGGAACAUAGAAGAGAAACAUCAUGAAAGAAGUGUUAUGCGUGAUUUGUAAAUCUCCCCCACAGACUGUUAAAACAUGAAAUAUACAAUGUUUACUAAAACGUAUGCGUCUGAUGCUU